AUGUCCAACAACGAGAAUUGUGAUAACCCGACAUCAGAAGCAGCGCUGCAGCGGCGCGCCAACAUCGCUCCCACGGUCGUCUACGAUUUCACGAACUUCGCCGGACGCGCGGUGCAACAUGACUCCGUCCAGCUGCACAUUCUUCGCAGAACUGGCGGAGCAGCGCUGCAGCGGCGCGCCAACAUCGCUCCCACGGUCGUCUACGAUUUCACGAACUUCGCCGGACGCGCGGUGCAACAUGACUCCGUCCAGCUGCACAUUCUUUCGCAGAACUGGCGGAAUGGAGCUAUAGUACACCAUCGGCCCGCUGAGUAUGCCAUGGAUAACACGUCAUCAGUCGAUGCGGUCGAUGAAUUUCUAAAAAAACAUGAAAUAAUACAAAGCUUCGCAUUAUUUCAAUGCACGUCUAUUUUUUUGAAGGAAAAAUAUAUAGUCGAAGCUGUAAAAAAAUUUAAUUCACAUGACUGUGUGUUUGCAGUAAAAAGAUCAUUUAAUCUACGAUGGGAUUUUGUAAAUAAUAAAUUGUUGCCUGUUAAUUUUAAUAUAAAAUAUAGACCAAGACGGCAGGAUUGGAAUGGUGACAUUGUAGAAACAGGAAUGUUUUAUUUUUCCAGAAAAAGCUUGGUAAUGGAUGGAAUACUUCAAAAUGAUAAGUGUGCUAUCGUAGAAAUACCAUCGGAAGAUUCAUUGGAGAUUGACUCACCCCUCGAUCUGAUCGUUGCACGAUGUAUUGUUACUAAAAAAUGA